GAAUAUCGAUAUCGGCAUUUAAAUUUUUAUAUCCUACGCUACGAAUUCCUUCUCGCAUUCUCGCACAUGCAAUUUAGCAUCCUUUCCCUCUUCAAACUAGCAAGUCAACAAACUAGUCAUAUCCCAUUACCAUCAUCACCACCACUACUGCCACGACCGCCAUCUCGCCCUCGAUUUCCUCUUUCCUUCCUACUCCCAUAAUCAUAACCAUAACCAUAACCAUGAUCCCCAACCUCAACCUCAGCCCUCCCCAUAUCCUCCAAAACCUCUUCAUCAGUAUCCUCUACACCCUCACCAUCAUUGUCAGCCUCGUCAGCGUUCUUCUCAUCGCCUCCGUCUGGACUUUCUGCAUGCUCGAUUACAGUUUUGAGAAUCUUUCCGUGACGGUACUUUCUCAUGUUGCGGAGGUUGUGUUGAGCUCGGCGGAUAGGUUGUGCGAUUUUCUGGGGUUGGAGAUGACGGCUGAUGGGUUUGAUUAUUUUAGGGGAGAGGAGGAGGAGGAGGAAUGGUAGGGGGGGUAUAGGUGGGAAGAGGUGUGUGGUGUGAUGUGAUGUGAAGAGGAGUGUGGUGUGUAGAGGAUUACAGAUUGACAGGAGUGGGUCUACGAUAUGUACACCAGCGAGACAUGUAUAAGCAAAAUGUGUUAACGAUGUAUAAUGUAUCAGCGAGGAGGACCUGAUUGGCCUUGUUGAAAAUGCCUUACCAAUGGUUAACCGACAUAUUAGCCACGGAAAGCCAAGUUGGAAGCAUAGAUAAAGACUAAAUUUCGUUAUUUCAUUAUUCAUGUGAUAUUUUUCGUUGUAGAAUAAUAGGUAUACUAUGGAACA